AAAAUUGUGUAUGUGUGAGUUAAUGCAGCAGUGUGCGCAACAGUGCGCCACUAGCUGUCAAAAAUUGUUCGGACGUCUGGCGAGUGCGAAUCUUCCUAAAAUGAUUUUUAACGUAUUUCUAAGUUAGACUAGAGUUAUGUAUGCCCGUACGUAUCAUUUAGAAGUCAAAACAUCUUGUUGGUUAACAAGUAGUACUUACGCUGACGAUCGACACCAUGGUGCAGUGUCAUCCACCGUUGGAGUUAGAGGAAUUGCCAAAAGAAGACGAAGAAAGACUAGAAAAGCUAUUUGCUAAAUUAGACAAUGAUGGAAACGGGAAGAUCGACAUACACGACUUGUCUGUGGCACUGAAGGAGUUGGCGCCGCACAUCAACCGCAGCUAUGCAGAGAAAUUUCUGGCUAAGACGGGGAAGGAUGCUGGUGAUGUCACGCUGUCCGAAUUCAUUCACUAUGUACGGGAGCAUGAGAAGAAUCUGCGACUCCAGUUUUCACACCUGGACAAAAAUAAAGAUGGAAAAGUUGACCUUGAAGAACUUAUAUCGGCGUUUGCGGACUUAGGAAUAGCUAUCGGCCGGAAUGAGGCUACCAACCUGUUGAAAAGAAAAACGAGUUGGCCAAAUUUCUGGUGGAUGGACCAGGACGGCAGUUUAAACAUCAGCUACGAUGAAUGGCGGGACUACCUCCUGCUGGCUCCUGCCUCGGAUAUCCACGCCCUCAUACACUUCUGGAGGCACUCUACUUACCUGGACAUCGGCGAGGAUAUGAACGUGCCUGAUGACUUCACACAGAAUGAAUUGCAAACAGGGAAGUGGUGGCGCCACCUGCUGGCCGGGGGCAUCGCCGGCGCCGUCAGUCGGACCAGCACGGCGCCGCUCGACCGACUCAAAGUAUUCCUACAGGUGAACCCGACAAGAGAGAAUAUGAGUAAAUGUUUACUAAGAAUGCUUAGUGAAGGAGGGUUUACCGGCAUGUGGAGAGGGAACGGUAUAAAUGUUAUCAAAAUAGCUCCAGAAUCUGCAAUAAAGUUCGCUGCGUAUGAACAAGUGAAAAGGUUGAUCAAAGGCGAGCAACGCAACCAGCCGCUCGAAAUCCACGAGCGGUUCGUGGCCGGUGCCAGCGCGGGAGCGAUCAGCCAAACUGUGAUCUACCCAUUAGAGGUGCUAAAGACGAGAUUAGCUUUAAGGAAAACUGGUCAGUACCAGGGGAUUGUGGAUGCUGCUAAAAAGAUAUACGCACGGGAGGGGCUUAGAUGUUUCUAUAAGGGUUACAUUCCAAACAUUCUGGGGAUCGUACCGUACGCAGGCAUCGAUCUGGCGGUUUACGAGACGCUGAAGAAGAAGUACAUCAACACGAUGCAGGGCGGUCAGCCGGGCAUCCUGCUGCUGCUGGCCUGCGGCUCCGUCUCCUGCACGCUCGGACAGAUGUGCUCCUACCCGCUCGCGCUCGUGCGUACGCGCCUGCAGGCACAAGAACAAGCAGCAAAGGGUAGGGAAGGGACGAUGCGGGGAAUGUUUCGUGAGAUAGUUCAACGAGAAGGACUGUGCGGUCUGUACCGAGGGAUCACGCCCAACUUCAUCAAGGUGAUCCCGGCAGUGUCAAUCUCUUACGUGGUGUACGAGUACGCGAGCCGGUCGCUGGGCGUGAACAUGACGUGAGCGAGGGCGGCGCCGCCCCUGUCCUCGCCCACCAGCGCGCCGACCGCCGUCAGCGCGCCGACUCCUACAGUCUCAGUCGCCGCUACGCCACGCUCGAGCUCAACUCACAUCACAUUCUACUUUAAGCAUAUUAGCAAAUUUUGCAUUUGAAUGAUUGUACAUAGCUCUCGUGUAUGUUAAGUCUAUUAUUUAUUCUACAUAAUGUAAACUUGAAUUAUUCCAUUAUUUUGUUCGUCCUAACAGUAUAGUUUAAGCUUGGAAAUAAUAUGUGACAUAUUGAAUACGUGAACUACUUACAACUUGUUGAAAUUUUGAGCUGGUAUUACGUUAACGCCGUGUGAAUUCCGGCAGAACGCUGGACAUGCAUCUGUGAUUACAAUAAAUUAUGUAUUUUUUUUUA